UUGCUUAGCACCAUCCCACACACUAAUUCACAAUGUCUUGCACUAAGCUCAUAUCGCUUAGCCUGGUUGUCCUCUUUAGCAUUGGGUUAGCCAGCGCUGGUAGGGUAGCUAGAUACUCUAGUUCCCAGGGAGAAGGCACUGGAGGGGGAGAGGGUGGAGGAGCGGUGAACGGCGGCGGCGGCGGAAGCGGGAAUGGCCAGGGAACUGCUCAGAGUGGAAAUGGAGGUAGUCAUGCAAGUGCUGGAGGCGGUGGAGGCGGGGGUGGUUGGUCAGGGUAUAAUGGUAGUGGGUAUGGCGCUGGGUCCGGCAGCGGCGCAAGCUCUGGCCAGAUGAGCCAAGGAUCGUCAUCUUAUGGUGGUGAUGGUGGGAGUACAACCGCAGCGGGUUCCGGCGGUGGCGGCGGUGGUGGAGAGGCCGCGGACGACGAUGAUGACUGCCCUGCAGAGUCUAGUGGCUUUGGGACAGGUGGCGGCACCGGAUCUGGCUCGAGUGAGGCGAACAACGACGGCGAUGCAUCCUAUACAAAUGCAAAUGCUUCGGGCAACGGUGGCGGCGAGGGCGGUGGUAAAAAUGGUGGAACCGGCGGUGGCGGAGGCAAUGGAAGCGGUUACGGCGACGCAAACCCUUGAACCGUCAUGAUCCUGCAAUCGAAACAGAGCAGAGCCCGAGCUAUCGCUUUUUUUCAAUUUGCAUUUGUUCUGUUCUUACUCUUCCAUGUAUUAGGGACAACUAAUAAAGGGCUUCAUUACACAA